UUCGUUUGAAUGGUGAAGAUGUAAAUGACUUUAAGAGAAUUUACAUUGGAUAGAAAAGUUAAUCCUCUUCAGUGUUAUUUACUGUUCAAUUCACUCUUUGUGAACAGAGACACCAAAUAGAAACGCAAAGUGAGAAAUAUAUAGUGUUCAAAAAUUGUGUUACGUUCAAGUGCAAAUAUCCCAAAAUCGUGCGAUAUUUAUUCUUUUGGAGCGAAACAGUGGCAACAGCCUGAGGAUUAGAGCAAGAUAAACCAUGAAUCAGGCAAUUAAAACUCUCGCGCUGCUCAGCGCUCUGCUGGUCACACUCGUCCACUCGACCACGCUCAAGUCGCCCAAAGUCUAUAAUGCUCUCAUCACCACAGAUCAGAACCUCAUUCCCAGCAGAGCCUAUCCCGUGGUCCAGCCCACCAUCCACGACGCCGGCUUCGGCUACUCCGCCUUCGGCCUGGCGCACCACCACAACGCCUUCGGGCUCUACGAUCCCUACCACCACGGAGGCUUCGUCCCGGGGCCGCUGCCCGGCUACCAGGCCAGGAACCACUUCUCCUACUUCAGCCAGGGGAAAUCCGCGGCUGGAGCUGUGGCUGCGGAAGAGACUGCCUCAGGAGGCACGGUGACUAAUGAUCAGGCCAUCCUCAGUGGCAAUGAUGCCCAGCUCGAUGCUGGAUCCGUGGCAAAUACCAACGUGCUGAAGGAGAAUCCGCCAAUUCCACUGAAUGAAUUCGGUCUGCCGCCCAAUUUGAUUCCCCUCUCAACGGGCCAGGACUUCAAUCGGCAGAAUCCCGUCAAUCUUCAGCCCUAUCCCUACAACUCCUACCCACUGAUCUACGACUCCUUCGGCGGCGGAUACAAUGUGAAUCCCUACUUGCCACCCUUCGGCUACUAUCCGUCCGUUUUCGGAGGACCAGGAGCCGCUGGAGCGCCUGGAUUGGCUGCAGGACCGGGAGCUGUGGACGGUGGUGUUGCCGGAGCAGCAGGAAGUGCAGGCGGCGUGGGAGGAGUGGAGGAUAUCGGAGGCGUGGGAGGAGCAGGAGGAGCGGGAGGAGCGGGAGGAGAUGAUGGGGAUGUCGAUGGCGCUGGUGGAGAUCUUGAUGGCAAUCAGGGUGGAGAUAUUGAUGGCGGCGCUGGCGGAGACGAUGGCGGAGCAGGUGGAGGAUCAGGUGUUUCUGGCGGCGAUGGCGAUGGCGGAGCAAUCGCCAGCGAGAAGCAAUCCUCAGGCGGAGACGGCGGAUCGGGCAGUUCAUCCGGCGCUAGCAGUUCUGGCGGCAGCUCAAGCUCAACUGGAUCCAGCGGAAGCUCCACCGGAUCGACGUCCAGCAGCAGUGGCUAUCGCAGCACCACCAGACGAACUGGCUUCCGGGGCAGCAACAUUCGCUCCGCCUUGAGGAGUGACUCUGACAAUGUCCAGUGAAUGUCCACAGAAGCUCAGCAUCCAAGUCUCUUCUUAACUUAUUAAUAAAACGAUACUCGCGCCUCAAACUCAAAAGGCAGUCUUUAGGUGUCGCAGAACCCCUUUUUAUUUGUACAAGAUUUCUGAAAUAAAGAUGUAUGAAACGGA